AUGUUGCCCCUCGAAGGCCGCAGCGAGUCAAUCUUUAUCGUUACUACUGUCUUUCUUGGAAUUUCAUUCAUUGCCGUGGUUCUACGAUGCUUCGUGCGCAUUCGCCUUGUCAAGGCCUUUGGCUGGGAUGAUACCUUUAUGGUAUGCGCCAUGCUGUUGAACAUCCUGUUCGCUCUAUGCGGUAUCACUGGCGCAUUAUAUGGAAUGGGCCAGAGAUCCGAUGAUCUCGUGAAGAAGGGUACGAUGGAAACCGCAAUGUUUUGGUGGUGGCUCGGUCAAACCAGCUAUGUGUGGACCUGUUCACUAGCCAAGAUCUCCAUCGCGUUCGCGCUCCUCCGCUUGACAGUCUCUAAUCCCCACAAACUCGUGUUAUGGGCUGUCAUUGCCGUCACUUGUACGAUUGGUCUGGUCUUCUGGUUCAUGUUGACGCUGCAAUGCCAACCGGUUGAGUUCUUCUGGCAACGAGUUCGCCUUUACUCGAACCCUCAUGCCAAUGUUCAUGGCACCUGCAUGGAGCUGGACCAUAUCAUCGCCAUGGCCUAUGUCUACAGUAUCACUGCUACAAUUUGUGAUCUGACCCUGGGUCUUUUGCCGAUUGCCCUGGUGUGGAACCUGCAGAUGAACAUAAGGACCAAGUCUGCCUUGGCGGGUAUUCUGGGAAUGGGAUGCAUCGCGAGCGCAGCAGUCAUCAUUCGCAUUCCUUUCUUGCACGACUACAAGGAUGUCGACUUCCUAUACGCAACCACCAACAUCUCAAUCUGGUCCAACGUCGAAGCCGGCCUCGGAAUCGCCGCAGGCAGUCUGGUAACCCUCCGACCCUUAUUCCGCUGGUUUCGCGAUCCCAGCUCGGCAGGAGGAAGCAAGAGCAAAACCAAGCGCACCGGCGGCAGCAUACCCCUCUCCAGCAUCAACGGAGGCCGCUCCACCAUUUCAGGCCCGCAAUACUGGCGGCCAGACCUAGACCGGCCAGACCAACAUGCCGUGGUAACGACGAUUCACACCUCAAAUGGGUCCGCCACUAGCCGGUCAAGUAGCCAGGAAGACCUGAACCCGAAAAACGGUACCUUCUUUCAGGGGGUGAAUGUCCAAAAAACGUUUUAUGUUUCGGAGGAUCAGUCAUGA